AUGAACGAGCUAUACAUACUCCUCCCUGGGGACCACCGGGUCCGCCAUGUCCACCCUGGUGUUGUCCAGGGCCACCCUGUUGUCCGAAACCUCCCUGACCACCGGGUCCGCCGGGGCCACCCUGGUGCUGGCCACCUUGCUGCUGUCCCUGGAAUCCACCCUGGGGUCCUCCAAACCCAGGGCCGCCAGGGCCACCCUGCUGCUGUCCUUGGAAUCCACCCUGGGGUCCUCCGCCGGGACCGCCAGGGCCACCAUGGGGACCGCCGGGACCUUGCUGGUCGCCGUGAUUACCGUGGUUCCCGUGGUUCCCGUGGUUCUCGUGCUCGUCGUGCUUGUCGUGGUGGCUGA